AUGUAUCAAGAAUGUCAUCAAGGAAUAAUUAGGAAUCUAGCGAUUGGUAUCGGAAUCCAAAAUUUCCCUGAAGGACUGGCAGUAUCAUUGCCCCUUCAAGCAGCUGGUUUCAGCACUCUCAAGAGCUUCUGGUAUGGCCAAUUAUCGGGUAUGGUUGAGCCAAUUGCUGGUGUCCUCGGCGCUGCGGGCGUUUCACUCGCAGCACCAGCUCUCCCUUAUGCACUUGCUUUUGCUGCAGGCGCCAUGAUUUAUGUCGUCGUUGACGACAUUAUCCCGGAAGCGCAUCAAAGUGGAAACGGAAAAAUCGCCAGCUGGGGUGCAAUGGUAGGAUUUUUAAUAAUGAUGUCACUGGACGUUGGACUUGCGUAGGGUACAAAAAAAUUAUUUUCAAUGAUAGGACACUGAUUUGUUAAUAUGAGAUCAAUAGAUAGACUAAUAAAAAUAAUUUGUUGACGGAUCCAAUGGAAGAGCGAUUGUAAUACCUUUUGUAUAAACAUACAGUGUGAAGUGCAAAUUUUUAAAUUAUUAUCAUUCAAACUUGUGAAGGGCCAUGAAGAAUCCAUCGAUAUUUAUUUAUCAAUGUUCCACAACGACGAAAUUGAUCUUUGAUUAACAAUCAACAAUCAUUAUUCAGGUUUUCGGGUUUAGGGAAUAUGUAUACGAAAUCCCAAUUGGGAAACCGUGAGAAGCCGAACAGAAACAUUUAUUUCUAAGAAGCUCUUUAUAUAGCAUUCGUAUUUUCUUAUUAUUCGAUGUAAUGGUCGUUCAUAAAUGAAUAAAUAAGAGAUAAAAUGUUAAAAAUGA